CGAACCAGUUUUCCGAUCGAUAGUGAACAAAUAUGGAUGGGUGGUGGCAGGACUGUUUUUCUUAUUUCUAUGUUUUCAUAUGUUUUUAUUUCACUUGCGCGUUAAGCAAGGAUACUGUAAUUGAAUACCACGAAGACACAAAGCCCUGCACAGUCUUUGAAAAUACACGAGUAGCAAAGGCUGAAGGAGGACUUAUAAACUGUUCCUGGUAUUCACACAAUGCUUGCUGUAAGAGAACAGAGGUGACGUCUGUCUUCUCAUCCAACUCGCUACCUCUGUACAUGGCAAGCCAGGACUGUCAUAACCAUAUCAACUAUAUGAUGUGCUAUUUCUGUAGUCCAGAUCAGUUUCAUUGGUACAAAGAGGGGAAGGUACAUGUGUGUGAGAAGUUCUGUCAGUCUGUCUAUACUUCAUGCAAAGAUGCUUUCUACAAUGGGACGAGAUUAGGUGAAGCCUACAGAAAUGGUACAGCAUUUUGCGAGACACAGAAUUUUAAGGUUGUUAACAGCAAAUACUGCUUCAAGUACGAUCCAACAGUGUUUGACGUAGCCUCGUAUAUACAGCAUUCUGAUUUAUUACUUUGCUUUUUGGUGAUCUCAGGACUUUUCACAAGAAUUGUCAUGCACAUAUCAUAACCAUUGUAAAAGUAUUCUCAGUGGAGCAUUAGUAGACAACUUAAUAUAGUUAGAAGAUAGCUGUAAUCUAUAUAAAGACUGUAACAGUACUGGACUAGACUAUAAAGAAUCUGUUCGGAUGGGAAUAUCUGGCUCAAGGGUAACUGUUUAGGUGGUAACGAGGCUCUGCCGAGUUCUCACAAAACAGUUACCCUUGAGCCAGAUAUUUCCAUCUGUACCUUCAACUGUGAUAGAUUCUUUUUCUUGCAUGCCGUAUUCUUCAAUUUGUAGAAGAUAUAAAUAAAAAAAUUGAUUUUUUUCUUUCACUUGAGUCAUCUUACACCCAUGGAUGAAAGAUGAGUUUUUCUAGCACCGGAAAAUCCUGUCCGGCAUGCAAGAAUCUAUAAACUAUAACUGGUAAGUCGUAAAAAAUUGGAAGAGAACUGUCUGUCUUCCUUUAAUAGACAGGUAUUACUAACUUGUGUAAACAGUAAACUUGUGUGUACUAUUGGUAAAUGGUUAGUUAACAGCUGUUCACAUUUGAAUUGACAGCUGUUAAUGUCUUAUAAAGCAGAAAAUCACUUAAAUUGGCGUAAAUAAGAUCAAAAUCUUGGUUACUGUUAUCCAUUGUAGUACUAGAUAUAGCAGAGCGUUCAUAGACAUUUUUAGCAUUUAAUUAACUGUAAAUUACUGUAGAUAAAUAAGCUUUAAUAGCUGUAAGCCCUGUACAUAAGAGUAAAGUGUAGACAGCUGAUAUUUCAAGCAUAAAUCUGUUAACCAUUACAACUUCAAACCAUUGUAGACAUGGCAGUAAACUGAAGUUGAAAGAUUUUAGAGUCGUGUAGAAAGCAUUCAUAUGCCAGCUUAAAAUCAUUUGAAGAUGGCUAUAAUGGAUCAUUUGAAGAUGGCUAUAAUGGAGAAUAUGCAGUCACUGUUAUUGAAUAUAAUAUCAACUUGAUAAAAUCAAGUUAUUGUUUCUCAUCUAUAAAUGUAUGUAAACUGUAUUAAAGACAGGGUUGAGAAUCAGCCAAAUCUCAGCAUUGCUAAAUCGACACAAAAGUGGCUUUAUCUUUAACUUGUCAUUAUUAAAUGUGAUAUGUACCCUAAAUGACCAAAAAUUGAUCAAAACAGCUUCCUUUCUGAAUUUUGGGCCACAUUUCAGUAAUUUUAAUCGUUCUGCCUUUGACUGAUCAAUCUUUCAUGAUUCUGUAAAAAGGAAUUUUAACCACAUUGCAUGUGUAUUUAUAAAUAAUGGCAAUUACCGGUAUGUCAACAAAAUGUCAUUGAAUAAACAUGUACAACACGAGAUAAAGCUCAUUUUGGCAUUAUUCUGAUGGUAGAAUUUUUUUAAUGUAGUAAAUCAUGUAAUUAUAUGGUUCCUUCAUGCCAUGAUUAGUCACCUCAUUCAUGAUAAUUAGGCUGACAGUUCGGUAGUUAACCAUUUUUGAGAGUGUAAAAUGUAAGCUGAUAAUUAAAUAUAGGAAGACACCUAUUAACAUUUUUAGCAGAUAAUUUGCUAGUUGAUAGUUGAGAAAUUUAGUUUGUAAAUAUUAGUAAGUCUAAGUGAAUGAUGUUAAUUGCAUAUAAUAGCAUUUAGCUUAAAAUCUGUUAGAAGGCAGCUGAAACCCCAGCUGUUUUUAUCUUGUUACUUAUAUCCUUUGGCAGAUAGCUUUAAUACAACUUCAGAACUGCUGUUAACCAUAACAUAAUAGGAAGACUGGAGACUUUUUGUAUAUUUCAUUGUGUUAUAAAUAUAAAUUGUCAUGAAUAUUAGGCAAUCUUUAUAAUCUUAUUUCAUUGUUAUGUUGUGACCCAUAAGUUUAUACAUUAAAGUAGUUCUGCACAUUUGAAACACCUGUUCUUCUACAAAGUCAGAUUUUAUUCCAUGUAAAUUUUUCAAAGCAUCAUUGCAUCCAAAGGAAAUUUUUGUUGGAUCGAUAGGAAAAUUUUGGUCCUCCAGAUAAUUUCCACAAUGGGCGUCUAUGGGAAAAUCACACUAAACAGUUUUUAUUAGCUUGAAAAGUUCUUGAACUAUGAGCCGUGCCAUGAGAAAACCAGCAUAGUGUGUUUGCGACCAGCUUGGAUCCAGACCAGCCUGCGCAUCCGCGCAGUCUGGUCAGGAUCCGUGCUGUUCACUUAAUGUUUCUCUAAUUGCAAUAGGCUUUGAAAGCGAACAGCAUGGAUCCUGACCAGACUGCGCGGAUGUGCAGUCUGGUCUGGAUUCAUGCUGGUUGCAAACACACUAUGUUGGUUUUCUCAUGGCGCGGCUCAUGUUAUCUCAUUUGUUUUGCAUACCUUUUGCACACACAUAUUUAUUAUCGCAGUAUUAUUUAUUAAUUUAAUAUAUGUUUUAUUUAACAUUCUUUAGUGAGACUACAUUUUAUACGUUCAUAAUACCAGUUUGAUUUGAUAAGCUUUUUACUUAUUAUACAUGUAUGCUGUACCACCCAGCCAGUAAGCAUACACUAUACAUUUUUAUUAUUUAACUCUAUUUGUUCAUUUCAUUGCAAUGUAUUAUAAUAACUGAAUGGUAGAAGGGAGGUCUUUUUGGUACAAAAUUGUUUGCCUUUCAAGUGAUAACAUUGUCAAGAUCAUAGUUUUACAUAUAUUUCAUACAACGAUAUGUUGCUACAUAUAUUUCAUAUAACAAUAUAUUGCACAAAUGACCCUUAGGUCUUAUGUUAGAGAUAUUGUUGAUUAUUUGAUAUGUUUAAUGUACUUAAGACCAGAAUAUUAUUUUAAUGUGUCAUAAUUAAUUAUUUUUGUCUUGUCUUGUCUGUCUGUCUGUCCAUCAGUCUGUCACAAAAGUUGUCUGGAGUACUUCUCUAAAACUACUUCAUGUUCCAUUUUAAAACAAACUUUGUAGGAAAGGUCAGUACUGAGGCUAAUUUUUCAUGUCUUUCACAUUUUCCAGUUGAACAACAUUUCAGAGUUAUCACCCUGUAGGUCAGAUCAGUUUUGGAUCAAGCUCAGUUAUGGGCCCUUGAAGUAAUAAAUACGCUAUAUUUCACUGUUUAAACACUUUUUAAACAACUUCAUUCUUCACCAGUCAGUUAAAUUGUCUGUAAUAAAGUAAUAUCAACACAGUUUUGCACUUUAUGAAUAAGAAUGGUUGCAACUAGCACUAACAGUGUUAUGCUAAGUUCUGAGCUUUUACAACAAUGCUUAACCCGUAUCAUGCUGGACACGAUUGAUUCUGCUUUUGCGACAAGUGUAGAUCUUGAUCUGCCUGCACAUCCAUGCAGUCUGAUCAAGAUCUGCACUGUUCGCCAUGCAGUCGGCAUCUUUUUGGUAAACACCCCUUUUUGCUUUUAACAGUUAAAGGUCCAAUACUAAGGAAAGUGAACAUUUUAAUUUCUUUUAAAAAGCACAGAAACUAUUUCAUUUUAUUGGAAAAUGAAAGUUGGUAUGUGGAAAUUCGAAAUAAAUCGCAGUAUAUGUACAAUUAUUUUUCUAUGAAGUAUGAAGAAAGUUAAAAAGACCUGAGGGGUCAUUCUGUCGAUUCAUUGAAAUUUCAACAUAAUACACAUACAUUUCUUUGAGUUCCAAAGACCUUCUGUAAAUUUUGACCUGCCAAUCUUCAUUAUUUAGUGUCUUGCAGAAGUCUAUGCACUGGCUAUGAAAAAAAAUGCCAACUCACUUUCCCUUAGUAAUGGACCUUUAAUGGUAAUGUCGAAAUUGAAAGAUGGACAAGUUCAUUAUAGAAAUUUAGCAGGGUAAGGGUAAAUAAUAUGGUUGUUUUCAGUUUCCUUUUGAAUUCCUACCUUUACCCUACUAAAUUUCUAAAAUGUGAUGGUCCAUCAUUCAGUUUGGGCAAUACCACUUACUAUUCAAAGGGAUGUUCACGGAAAAUAUACUGACUGAAUAGUGAACAGUGCAGACCAUGAUCCGUGCAGGCUGAUCUUGGUCUGCACUGGUCAAAAAGGGCGAGCAGGCUAAAGGUUAAUGAUUUCAUUUCCUAUUUUCCAAAAAAGUAAAUUGUAUUAUUAAUUGAAUUGUUGAACAUUAAUGUUGGUCUACCUUCUGACAAAUGUCUUUGUGCUUUGACCAGAUAUUGCAUGUUCAUUCAACCUGCCAUUAUAAUGAAGUGUUAUGGGGAGACAUGAGCUUUUACCAAAAGUAAUCACUAGGUAAUAUAUUUAUUUGUAUUUAGGUUAUGUUUUACACUUGAAUCAAAACUUCUAGUCCUUGUCAUUUUUGCACAUUUCUAGUCAAUUUUCUUUUGUUUAUAAUAUUUUUAUAGUUUUAAAUAUACAUUUAUUUUAAUUUUCUUUAUUCUUAAUUUUUCAUAAUUUUGAAUUUUAUGUUAAUGCACUUUUUGAUAUAUAAUAAACUAUUUAAUACCAAAAA